GUGUCGUUUCAAGAUUAUGCAAUGAAAUCGUAACAACGUUGUUAUUGUUUUUACCGUUGCGGCGUGUACGUUCGACGGCCAGAUUAUUAUUGUCCGUCGUUCCGUGAACUAUCCAACGUAUCGUCGGUGGGAACAUAAUGAUUAUUGCCUAAGACUAUACGAUCGAGCUACACGACAUCAUGGCGCUCAUAAACAUCGCUAACGGUGAUAAUGAUCCUUGGAUGAUCGAACAUGAAUCAUGUGAAAAAUUAUACAGAGAAAUUGAAGGAUUGUUAAAUGUAAGAGAUUUGGAACAUAAGUCUUCUGAAAAAUAUAUUUUAUACUCAUCCCAAAUUCGGCUUAGACUUAAACAGUAUGCUGAUGAAGUUCAACAGUUGUUACAUAAACUAAGAGGACUUUCUACAUCUAUGGCCAUUACAAUGGAUGAAGAAGAACGACGUGAACGUAUGAUUGAGCUGCUCCAAAGUAGAAAUAUUUUAUUAAAUCGACGUUUUCAGAAUAGAAAUAAUAGUAAUAUGCUAGAGCGUCAGGAAUUAAUGAGACCUAGUACCAGUAAGGUAGCAGCCAAAAAAGUUGAAACACCAAUUACUGGUUGGUUGGAUAGUGACGAUGAUGAAAAACCAUUGCUUAAUGAAAAUGCACUUAAACAACAGCAACAAUACUUGCUCAAAGAGCAAGAUGAUGGGUUAGACGAAUUAGCAUCAAUUGUAUCUAGACAGAAAAAUAUAGCUAUUACCAUAAGCAGUGAAGUCGAUAUGCAAAACGAGAUGGUUGAUGAUUUAUUGGUAAAAAUGGAUAAAACAACAGCUGGAAUUGAAAAUGAGACUAAGAAUGUUGGUCAAAUAUUGAAAAAAGAUUCAACUCGGGGACUUUGGGUGAUAAUCAUUCUUCUAUUAAUUGCAAAUAUAUUUGUUGCAUUAUCAUGAUAUUCGACAAAACUAUUCCAAUUAAUUAUUAAUCAUAAAUUUUAUAAGUAUAAUUUAUAAUUAAUUAUUGAUAUCUGUUCAAAUAUUUAUA